AACCAUCGUUGUAUUGUAAAACUGGUGAUUGAAAUAAAGAUUCAGGAUUUGACAAUAUGAAAUGCUUCCUCUCUCUUUUGCUUCUUCCAGUUGUCGUUUGGGGCUACUGCGACCCGGAGUUCACAAGAGUCGGAGAACAAUGCUUAUCCUUUGUGACUCAGUAUCAACUGACCUUCGAAGAGGCCGGAGAAUAUUGCAAUGAGAUGAGAGGAGCAUCGCUGGUGACCAUUGACUCUGCCACACAAUUCAAGGCCCUGGUGGACUACAUUUACAGUUCAGAAUUGGCAAUAGCUUCGUACUGGGUUGAUGGAAAUGACAAAGACUCUGAAGGGGUUUGGAUUUCGUCAUCCGGCAAAAAAUUUCCGAUGGGGACUCCCUUCUGGGCUGCCUAUCGAACCUCUCAAGAACCAAAUGGGAUCAGGAAAGAAAACUGCGCCCAUCUCUUUAUUCCAGUUAAUUUCUACAUAAAUGAUUUUGCUUGUAACAGAACAAAUCUCUUCAUAUGUGAGCAAGCAGAUGUCCCAACAAGGAUAAUCCAAUACGAACCGCCCGAAGUCAAAUCAUGCCCCAUGCAUUACGUGGAAGUCGGGGGCAAGUGUCUGUCCUUUAUGGCCUAUGAAGAGGUCUCAUGGGAAAGCGCCAGACUUCGCUGUCGAGAAAACGAGGGAGACUUGGCUAUCGUCGAUGACAUCGAGUUGUUGAGGGCGAUCAAUCUCUAUCUACAAGCAGAGGAGUUAACUGACCACGAUUUCUGGUUGGGAGCAUCAGACGCCCAGACUGAGGGCCAGUGGCUAUGGACGGAUGGAUCUUCAGUGCCUAUGGGGACGCCUUUCUGGGGCCUAGUAGCACAAUAUAAUCAAGAACCAGAUGGAGGAGUCGACGAAAACCACUUGGCACUUCUAAGUAAGGGUUACUUUUACUUUCGUGAUGCCGACGGAAGCCUUCCUCUCCAUCCCUUAUGUCAGCUGGCCGAGUAAUAACUCCUCUACACUUUCGACUGUUAACAAAAAUCAUUUGAUUCAUAUUAGCAAUUCGAAGAUCCUUUAACUGAACAGGUUUUAGACUUUUCUGAUGUAUUGUAAUCAUGAAACGUUGUCGAUUCCUUUUCAAAAUUCUAGACAAUAACAAAGGUA